AUGCAGGACGUCAAAAUUGUUGCUGGUAUUUCAGUGUUACAAGAUGAAGUUCUGGAUGGAGUUCAAGUAUUCCGUGUGGAAACUGAUACAGCAUGGACCGAAAUGAUGGAUAUCCAAGUGUUGGUUACUCCACCCAGUAAACCACAAGAAAAUCCCUUCAACAGCAUUUUCCGUCAAAAGCGUAACAACGACCGGGGACUUCCAGAUCACUGCAUCUGCGAAAUACCAAAGGUUGUUUGCCCACCAGGACCACCUGGACCUCCGGGACCAAAAGGAGUUAGCGGAAGUAAGCAAAGUUUUUAACU